GUCUCCUGAGGUAACUAGACGACAAACCGGCAGUUUCUAGCUGAAGUCCCGCAGAGUUGUUCCAGCAACCAUGACGUACUGUUCAAGCGCGCCCCGAUGGCUUGCGCGGGGCGGACGCUGGCCAAUCUCCCACCUACGGGCGCAGCAACUCCGAAGAACUCAGAGCAUAGCCGCGACGGCGUGCAAUGGCGCUGCCCCAGUCUCAUCCACGUCACCCUACUCACUACUACCGUCUCAGCCAUCUAAGCAUCCUACUCCGCCGACAUCCGCUCGUCAAGCGGCUCUCAAGCAAGCAAAGCCCUUCUCCGCGUUCCUUACCGACACAUUCAACCGCCAACAUGACUAUCUGCGCAUCAGUAUCACGGAGCGCUGCAACCUACGAUGCCUAUACUGCAUGCCAGAAGAGGGCGUCCCGCUCUCGCCUCCCGCGCAUCUCCUUACGACUCCGGAGAUAGUAUACCUGUCUACGCUCUUCGUGUCACAAGGUGUGACCAAGAUCCGUUUGACGGGCGGUGAACCCACCGUGCGAAAGGAUAUCAUACCGAUGAUGCAGCAGAUUGGGAAAUUGCGACGAGAUGGUCUGCGAGAGCUGUGUCUGACGACGAAUGGUAUAUCUUUACACAGGAAGUUGGAUAGUAUGGCCGAAGCGGGGCUCACAGGGGUUAAUCUGAGCCUGGACACGCUGGAUCCAUUCCAGUUCCAACUUAUGACUCGCCGCAAGGGUUUUGAGGCUGUGAUGAAGAGCAUCGAUCGGAUCCUGGAAAUGAACGAGCUUGGUGCGAGGAUCAAGUUGAAGAUCAACUGCGUGGUUAUGCGGGGCCUGAACGAUCGAGAAAUCAUACCGUUCGUGGAAAUGGGCCGUGAGAAACCAGUCGAGGUGCGAUUCAUUGAAUACAUGCCGUUCGACGGGAACAAAUGGAGCCAAGGCAAGAUGUUUCCGUAUAAAGAUAUGCUACGCGUGAUCCGCGAGAAGUAUCCGAGCCUGGAGAAAGUCCAGGACCACAAGAACGAUACCAGCAAGACCUACCAAGUUCCCGGUUUCGCGGGACGGGUUGGCUUCAUAACUAGCAUGACACAUAAUUUCUGCGGGACCUGUAAUCGACUCCGCAUCACGAGUGAUGGGAACCUGAAAGUUUGCCUCUUUGGAAAUGCUGAGGUUUCACUUCGGGAUAUGAUUAGGAAAGAGAAUAGCGGCGAGCCGAUUGAUGCCCAGGCUCUGCAAACGCUAGGCCUCCUAGAAUCCGCUCAACAGUCUGCUCGAGCAGAACGGGAGGGACUUGAUGUCCAUGAGCGGGAACGACAGCUGCUAGAUAUUAUCGGAGCAGCGGUGAAGCGGAAGAAGGCCAAGCAUGCAGGCAUGGGAGAGCUUGAGAACAUGAAGAAUCGGCCUAUGAUAUUGAUCGAUGAACCAAAUUACACGCCUGUUUCCGCUACAUCAGUUUUGGGACAGAGCGGCCACAUGCGCAGAAGCCGAUUUGCACGGCAGAAAGCAUGGACCAGCAUUCCAACCUACAUUUUACCAUCAUUUACCCCGUCAGUAUGUCGUGCCUACUCGACCAAGCAGCCCAAGAAUCUCCAAGCAACGCCCGAAGCCAAUCAAGCUUCCAAACCCGGAGCGCCAGAUCUCCCAACAACUUCACAUCCAGUCCUUCCGCAUCUAACGCCCAAAGAGACCGUACAUAUGACCUCCAUCUCCCACAAACCGGAAACAGCCCGUCUUGCCACAGCCGUCUGUCGAAUAAUCUUUUCUAACGGGACACCCUACUCCCUCCUAACCACAGGGGAAGGCUACACUAAGAAAGGCGAUGUGCUUUCCGUGGCACGCAUAGCAGGGAUUAUGGCUGCAAAGAAGACGGCAGACAUCGUUCCGCUAGCUCACCCGGGAUUAGGAAUUACAGGCGUAGAGGUUGAUAUCCAGGCUUGCCCGUCGUCGGGUUCGGAUCUAGAGAGUGGUAAUUGUCCGCAUGGAAGUGUCUUAAUUACGUCAACAGUGCACUGUUUUGGACGAACCGGCGUGGAGAUGGAGGCGCUGACGUCCGUAGUCGGAGCUGCAUUGACGGUGUUUGAUAUGUGCAAGGCUGUUGAUAAAGGGAUGGUUAUUGGAGAGGCGAGGGUUGUCCGCAAGAAGGGAGGCAAGAGUGGAGAUUGGGAGGAGGGCAAGAGUGUUGGUGGUGGUGGUGGUGUAUAACCGUGCACAUAACAUGAUGCUUGUGGUGUAAGAGAAGAAAGAAAAAAGUAGCCGAUAAUGGAUUGUUUAAAGAGGACCAAAGGAGCCAAAACGAAUCCCAUUUCUAUUGGUACCCAAAACGGCCAUUAAUUCAAACCAUGCCCAGAAUAUGCCUAGUAAAUCCAGGCCACCUUUAAAGUCACGUAUCCUUCCCCUUUUC